AUGGUCCUUUUUUCGCUUCUAUCGGCAUGCCGAAAGGAGCUCGAGGACGAGGAGCUUCCUUUACACUAUAUGACUGAGGAGAAAGCUCGACGCAGGGUACCCAAGGGCCCAAGUGCCGUCGACUCUUACGCGCCUCAGGAAAAGGCCAACGGGCACUACGACGACGACGAGGGCAAGGAUGUCUACCACAAGCAGAAAUCACUGGCGAACCAGCGGGUUGGUAGUGGACGUCUGAGACAGCCCCCACCGCCACCCCCUACAUCAAUGCGAGAAUUCUUCUUUCAAAACUUGGAACACAUACCACCCAUAGUCUAUACCCUUCUUUCCUGCUGGACAAGGUUCCACAAAAUCGGGCAUUCCAACAUCGUCAUCUGGGACGAGGCGCACUUCGGCAAGUUUGGAUCACAUUACCUCAAGCGCGAGUUUUAUUUCGACGUGCAUCCGCCAUUGGGGAAGAUGCUGGUCGGUCUUGCGGGUCUCUUGUCGGGAUACGACGGUUCGUUCGAGUUCAAGAGUGGCGCAGAAUACCCCGACACCGUGCCGUAUGUGGCAAUGAGAGUCAUGCUGGCCAUGUUCGGAGUACUCAUGGUCCCCCUUGGAUGGUAUACGGCUGUGGAGCUUGGGAUGAGCCAGUGGGCCUGUCAUUUAGUGGCUUUGAUGGUUCUGUUCGAUGUUGGCUGGCUCUGCAUAUCGCGGUUUAUUCUCCUGGACUCCAUGCUGCUCUUCUUCACAUUCACCACGGUCUUUUGUCUAAGCAAAUUCCACAACCAACAGUACCACUCAUUCUCCUUCGACUGGUGGUUAUGGCUUUCAAUGACUGGUAUAUCUAUUGGUUGUGUAACAAGUGUCAAAAUGAUCGGUCUCUUCGUUACUGCCCUCGUCGGUUUAUACACCAUUGAAGACCUAUGGGAGAAGUUCGGUGACCUUAAGAUGCCCGUUCGCGAUCAAGUACGGCAUUGGGUUGCAAGGAUAUGCUGCCUAAUUAUUCUGCCUAUUCUUGUCUUCAUGGCCUCCUUCAAAAUCCACUUCAUGGUACUGAACCACUCUGGACCCGGCGAUGCGCAAAUGAGCUCUCUGUUCCAAGCCAAUCUCGUCGGUAAUGACUUUGCGAAGAACCCUCUAGAAAUCGCGUUCGGCUCCAGGAUCACGCUCAAGAACAUGGGCUGGGGAGGUGGUCUCCUGCAUUCUCAUAUCCAGACGUACCCAGUCGGCUCGGGUCAGCAACAAAUUACCUGCUAUCACUACAAGGACGAGAAUAACGACUGGUUCGUCUUGCCCAACUGGCAAGAGCCCCCCUACAAUCCCAAUGAGCCGAUUCGCUACUUGGCAGACGGGGACAUUAUCCGUUUAAACCACCCUCCAACCUCUCGCAAUCUUCACUCCCACACCGUCGCCGCGCCCGUCACGAACCUCAAUUACGAAGUGUCUUGCUACGGUAACUCUACGGUCGGCGAUGUCCAUGACCAUUGGGUGGUUGAGGUUGUAGAUGACAUCAAGCAGGGGAGCAAGGAUAAAGUGAAACGUGUGCACUCUUUGACCACCCGUCUUCGAUUCCGCCACCAGGUUCUGGGUUGCUACCUCCGCGCAGCCAAUGCCGUCCUUCCUCAGUGGGGCUUCAAGCAGAUUGAAGUGAGCUGCGACAAAGAGAACAAUGUCAAGGACACUCAUACCUAUUGGAAUGUGGAAAGUCACCGCAAUGAUCGGUUGCCUGCCGGAGAAACCAAGUUCUACCGUUCACCAUUCUUGCGCGACUUCUGGCAUCUCAACGUAGCCAUGAUGACCUCCAACAACGCGCUUAUCCCCGAUCCCGACAAAGAAGAUAUCCUCGCGUCGAAGCCGUUCGACUGGCCCUUCUUGUAUCUUGGUCUGAGAAUGUGCGGUUGGGGCGACAAUCAGACCAAGUACUAUCUCCUCGGCACACCCAUCAUCAGAUGGGCUAGCGCUGGCAGUUUGAUCCUCUUUGUGGUGGUAUUGGGAGUGUACCUCAUGCGGAUGCAGAGGAAAUACGUUGACAUGGAACCUAGGGAAUGGGAUCACUUCGUUUACGUCUCGAAAAUCGCUUUCUUUGGCUGGGUGCUUCACUUUGCACCAUUCUUGAUCAUGGGUCGUGUAACAUAUGUCCACCAUUAUCUUCCGACACUCUACUUUGCCGUCCUCAUGCUGGCCCACCUCCUUGACCACUUCAUCUUCUCGUCGCGACGACUCACACAGAAAACAAAGUGGAUAUCCUUCGGGGUCUGCUUUUUCCUUAUCUUCGGCUGCUUCUGGUGGUUUAAGGGACUCGCCUUUGGCAUUGAUGGUCCUAUCGGCGAUCAUAAAGGUCUUGGCUGGCGUAAAAGUUGGAACAUCUACUAG